UAUGGCAACACUGCUAAUUUUCUAAACGUCAAAUAUUGUUUCAUUGAUAUCAUGUCAAUUUUAUUUCCCUUUUGAUAGUGGGCAGUCUGUUUAAGUUUGUGAUUGUUUAUUUAAAUAAAACGUUAUGAUGGCUGAGGACACGACAGCCGACGCAACGAGAAGACUAAAUGUUAAAAAACAGACACUAGAUGAUGCAUAUGCAGCGCCGGCAAAUUUCUUAGAAAUUGACGUGGUAAAUCCAAUAACAACGAUGGGUGUCGGAAAAAAACGCUACACCGAUUAUGAGGUUCGCAUGAGGACAAACCUGCCCGUGUUCAAAGUGAAGGAGUCGAGCGUAAGGCGGCGGUACAGUGACUUUGAGUGGCUGAGGAAUGAGUUGGAAAGAGAUAGCAAGAUUGUAGUCCCUCCUUUGCCCGGCAAAGCUCUCAAGAGACAGCUGCCCUUCCGCGGAGACGACGGCAUAUUUGAAGAGGAGUUCAUUGAAGAUCGCAGAAAAGGACUGGAGGUGUUCAUCAACAAGAUCGCCGGACAUCCGCUGGCGCAGAACGAGCGCUGCCUGCACAUGUUCCUGCAGGAACCCACCAUCGACCGCAACUACGUGCCCGGCAAGAUCCGCAACACGUAACCGCUCCCCCCCCCUCUCCCCGCCACCUCCACUUCCACCUCCACCCCCCCACAAACAGCACCAGGUCGCCACGAGGGCGGGCCGCAGCACCAGCCGGCGCCGCAAGCCGCGCUUUGGCAAACUGUCUUCAGCCAACACUUUCCUUGUCACGAAUCUGUUCGCUUUACAUAAUAUAGAGAUACUUUUUGGGAAAAUCACUUACCUUGGUCUCGAUUAUAGUUUUGAAGUGAUCCGUGUCUAAAAUAAAUUGUAAUUUAUUGUAUAAAAAGUAUAGUUUGUGUCAACAGAGGGCGAUCAUUUAGGAAAAAAUAUUGUGAUUUAUUAAGUUAAUUCAUUUAAAUGUAAGCGGUUUUCGGAUGCAUAAUAAAUAUGUUCGAGUUGAAAGUGACGCUGUGACUCGUUAUACAAAGUAAUGAGAGCGGAGAAGUGAACAUCACGUGAACUGCGAUGUAUGCGAGAUACGCACUCACAGAUACAGGAUUGUCAUAAAGUUCCCGUCCUCUUCAUAAAUUACAGAUAACUAUGAUAUCUUGUCAACACAAAUUAAAACCCAACGGAAAAAAACAUCAUGUAGGUGGAAAUUGUGGCGGAACGUCGCCAUCGCGUUUCAGAACAACAUUGUACUAAUGUUUAGAAGUUAUUGAUUAAAAUUAAGCAAUAUUAUUGAAGUCGUUAAAUAUUAAUUUAAAUAUAUAUAUCACGAGCCAGUGGAAAUGUAAGUUUUUUGUCUUUAAUCGUGUUGCCCUCCUCAAGAGGGUCAACGUAACGCUUUUAUAUAUUCUGCGCAUAUAAAUCUCAUUCAUGUAUAGUUUCGCUUAUUUAAGAAAUUAUAUUUAUUACGAAGUGUCACUCGAGAGAUGUAGUGGCACUGGCUCGUGCUCGUGUCCGCGCUCGUGCUCGUG